CUCUCUCUCUCUCUCUCUGCUUCUCUCCCUCCCUCCACUUCAAUCAGCUUCUGUCCCUCCCUCUACUUCAAUCUGCUUCUCUCUCCAUGUAAGAAGCCAAGGAGGCCACGCCGAAAGCAUGGCAGAGAUGAUGUCCACGCUAAUCCUAAAGGUUGAUCUUGAUUGCUGCUCGUGCUACAAAAAGAUCCGCAAGAUCCUCUGCAAACUCCAAGAUCGGGAGGGGAUCAGGACGAUCUCCUUCGACGAGGGAAGCAAGACGAUCGCAGUCGCCGGGCCGUUCGACCCGCACAGGCUCUCAUGCAAGAUCAGGUGCAAGGGGGGAAAGGUGAUCAAGGGCAUCGAGAUCAUCCAACACGGCGGCGGUGGCGAGCCACAGGGGAAUAUGGCAGGGCCGCCGCCAACGAAGAGCGGCAAGAAUAAACAGAAGGGGAAGCGGAAAGAGACGGAGAUGGAGCCUCAUCCACCGCCAGUUCAUGAGCAAGAGCAACCGCCACAGGGGCCACAACCGCCGCCGGUCGAGAACCCGCCGCCGCCUGCGCAGCCGCCUGCCCCUGACAGCCACAUUUCUACGGGGAUGCCGCCGACGAUCGAGGAGCAGAAGCAAUGGGAGAGGCCGGCCGAACUCGAGCCGCAGUACGAACCAUUACCGCCGGCGCCACCAGUGGAGCAGGAGAAACAGAGAGAUCAGAGGCUGUAUCAUCCGCCGGCGGGGCCCGUUUGGCCGGUCGACGUGAAGCCGACGACGGCGGAGAUAGAGAUCCCGUCGUGGCCGGCGCCGCCACAGCCGAUAGGAACAGCAGGAUCAUCAUACGGCUGCUCGUGCUGCCAGCCGUGCUACCGGGGGUACUACGAGGGGUGCAGGUGUUGCAGCUGCGGCAGGGUGUACGGCUACUCCGUCGGUGUCUUGCCGACGCCAGCGGGGUGCUACGCCGGCGGUAGCAUCUACAGGCCGGGCUGCCAGCUCUACAGAGAGGAGGACCCGGCCGGUGCUUGCGCGGUUAUGUGAUCCGUCCGUUCUUCUUUUUGCAAGGAUCUUUUUGUGGGGACGAAAGUGUGUGCGUUCGUUUUUCUUCAGUGUUGAACUGUUUGAUGCCUCUCUUUUUCUCACUUAAUUAUUUUCGUUUCCUUCUUUCUAUGAAGAGAAUAUAUCCAUUGAUGCCUUC